GCUUUUCCAGUCUUCGAUUCGAUUUACAUUACAAAAAGAUAAGAGCGGCGAUAAUUCACUGUUUGUUUAUAUUUUCUCUUUUUCUUUUGCUUUAGUUUUCAUUAUACUGUUCUUACUUUAUUUUAGAACAAAAAUUUAUGCGACAUAAUUUAUUCAGUAAAGAGUAUACGAAAAUAAAUAUUUCAAAUACUUGUAGUUUUAAAUAUAUGGUAAUAUUUAUGUGAAUUCAAUUAUUUUUAAAUAUAAAAUAGUUCUCUAUUAAUUUUUUAAACUACCUAAUAAAAAAUUUCUAUCACAUAUAUUGAGUAUUUUAUUAGACAAAAAAAAUUCAACAUUCGAGCAUACAUUCCACAUUUAAAUAUUUGAGAACUUAUUUAAUUCUUUCUUUCAUUAAGGAGGCAAGAACUGGUCAGCAUUUGAGAUUUUUGUAGUAAAAUAAUUGAUUAUGGUUAGGGAGCAGACAUAUGUUGGGUCACUUUUGGAAGUGGAAUAAUUUGAUAGCAACUUUGUUUGCACAGUUAUUGUUGCAAAUUAGUUCUCUUCUGCUUUAAAGGUCAACAAGUAGGGGAAUAUGAUCUGAAUUAAAGUGACCUAUUUUGAAGGCUCUCUCAGCUAUACUAUAUUUCUGGGUUUUUGGAUUUGGCUCUGACAAAGAUGGGAGAAUAUUUAUGACCCCUUUUGCCCAUCUGGGUCAUCCAAGAAUUCGGUUCAAAAUUUUCCAUUUUGUCAUUUUUGGGUGAUUUAGGGAACUGGGGUUCAGUUCUUGGUUGAUUAUUGGAGGUCUCUAGAGAUUAUAAGAUGAUAUGUUAGGAGACAGGUGACAAAUUUUUGGGCCUAUUUGUGGGGUUGGGGGUAGGGGGUGGGGAUAGGGUUGGGGUUGGUUUGAUGAAACCUGAGUUUGAGUUUAGGGAUUUUGGAAUAUGGGAUUAGAUGGUGAUGGUAUAAAGGUGGAGUCUUGUGAAUCAAAGGGGAAGAAGAAGAAGAAGGAGAAAGAGGAUAGUGGUUGCUGGAUUAAGUUGAGGUUUAUUGGUGGCUGUAUUUCCUCAAAAUCUAAAGUUGACAGCUCCAUCAGUAGCAUCAGCACUAACUGUGCAGAAAAUAAAUCCAAAAACGAUACAAGCAAAGACCAGCCCGUUGCUCCGGUUAUCUCAUCAACGACCACAAGUAGUGCGGAAAGUAACUCCUCUACCUCUAAACAUGAAGAAGAACUUAGAGUUUCUUCUCGGCUUCGAAAGUUCACGUUUAAUGAUUUGAAGUUGGCCACGAGAAACUUCAGACCAGAAUCCCUUCUCGGUGAAGGGGGUUUUGGCUGUGUCUUCAAGGGGUGGAUUGAAGAGAAUGGGACAGCACCUGUCAAACCCGGGACAGGGCUUACUGUUGCUGUGAAAACUCUAAAUCAUGAUGGGCUUCAGGGUCAUAAAGAAUGGCUGGCCGAAGUAAAUUAUCUUAGCGAUCUCAUUCAUCAAAAUUUAGUUAACCUAAUUGGCUACUGUAUUGAAGAUGAUCAGAGGCUAUUAGUUUAUGAAUUUAUGCCACGAGGAAGCUUGGAAAAUCAUCUUUUCAGAAGGUCCCUGCCCCUUCCAUGGUCUAUCCGCAUGAAGAUAGCUCUUGGUGCGGCAAAAGGUCUUGCUUUUCUUCACGAGGAAGCAGAAAGACCAGUGAUAUACCGUGAUUUCAAAACAUCCAACAUUCUGCUGGAUGCGGAUUACAAUGCCAAACUUUCUGAUUUUGGACUUGCCAAAGAUGGUCCAGAGGGUGACAAAACUCACGUUUCUACGCGUGUCAUGGGGACAUAUGGUUAUGCAGCCCCGGAGUAUGUGAUGACAGGACAUCUGACGUCAAAGAGUGACGUGUACAGUUUUGGUGUAGUUCUGCUUGAAAUGAUAACAGGUAGGAGAUCAAUGGACAAGAACCGGCCCAACGGUGAACACAACCUUGUUGAAUGGGCGCGGCCACAACUAGGUGAAAGGAGGAGAUUUUACCGCUUGAUAGAUCCUAGACUUGAAGGUCAUUUUUCUAUUAAAGGCGCCCAAAAAGCUGCACAGUUGGCUGCUCGGUGCCUUAGCCGGGAUUCCAAAGUCAGACCUAUGAUGAGUGAAGUGGUUGAAGCCUUAAAGCCAUUACCAAGUCUCAAGGACAUGGCAAGUUCAUCCUACUAUUUUCAGACCAUGCAAGCGGACCGAGUUGGGUUCAGCCUAAAUACCAAAGAUGGCCUUAGAACACAGAGAUCAUUCUCAAGGAAUGGACAAUUGCCUCCAAGAAGUCUCUCAAUUCCCAAUGGUUCUCAUGCUUCUCCACAUCAUUAUCAGUUUCCUCAGAAUUCACCAAAACCAAAACCAGAUGGGAAAUCAUAGAACUGGAUUGUUGGCUCCCCUACUAGCAGAUGAAGAACAGUAAAUUUUUUAAUCAUGUUUUGAUCUUUCAAAAUGCAUUAACUCAUAACGGAGCUCAAGUCCAUGGAGUAAAUAUUUGUCUUUGUCGAUAAAU